AUAAACAAAGAGAAGAUGAAGAAAACGUGACCUGAACAACAUCUCUUAUAAUAACACAUGGAGGAUACGAGAGAUCAAAGGUAGAGUAAUAAUCAAGUGGUUGAAGUUCUUUUUUAAUCCAUAGAAGGCUUUCUGAAGCAGAUUGAGAAUAUCUAGUUUUUCUCUUGAAGUGUUGGCGGGAAUGAAUCAAGCGCUGGCGCCUGCAGUUGGAUUAGUAGUUGGUUUACGUGGUCCCCGACCUCAGAGAAGCUGUUAGAGGAAGCAGAGUCUCAAAUAUUACAAAGUGAGGGUUCAGUGAUCAUUAUUUCAGCGAAACUUUAUGAUGUCGCGAUCAAACGAGUGAAACAUCGCGUGUAUUCUAUUGUCGCUUAAAAAGUUACGUCAGUGUUUUAUUUAUCUGUUUGUGUAGAUUGUUCAAAGCCAUCUCAAAGCUUUGACUAAUUCAUUCGCUUUACGGACUUUACAAAACUACGUACUGCAACAUCCCUCAUGUUUGAAUUACUUCCAGGGUUUUUUCGUGCUGUACGUGUCCUGCCCUGCAUAAUAAUUUCUAUAACCGUCUGACCUUGAACUGCCUUCAUUACAUCCGUGUGCCAAAACUUAUUACGUAACCAGAUUCACGCUAAGAACGCGAAAGCACUCUCCCUUGCAUUGGGGUCUCCUAAAAGGUCAUACUAAGCACAUUUCUACUUAAUAUAUAAUUUUUCAAUUUUAUGAUUACUGCAUCAUCCGUGGUAAAUAAAACAUGACAAACAAAGUGAAAGCGGGGCUAUAUUUAACUCUGUCUUCCUGAUGAAACUUUCUCAUAGAAACCCAAUCUCAUUAUGAAAGCCGAUUUGUACCGUUGGAAAAUGGACAGAGAAUAUGGACAUUAAAGUUCAAUCCAAAAGCUAGCAGAGUACCAUUGGUCUUGGUUCAUGGGUUUGGAGGAGGUGUUGGUCUUUGGGCAUUAAAUUUUGAUGCCCUUUCCAAGAACAGGUCUGUUUACGCAUUUGAUGUGCUGGGGUUUGGUCGCAGCUCCCGGCCUCAGUUGAGUUCAGAUCCAUUGGAAGCUGAAGAACAGUUUGUGGACUCCAUUGAGAAGUGGCGAGAGAACGUCGGCCUUGAAAAGUUUGUUCUUUUGGGUCACAGCCUCGGUGGGUUCCUGGCAAGUUCCUAUGCCUUGAGGUACCCUUCCAGGAUCCAACAUCUGAUCUUAGCUGAUCCAUGGGGCUUUCCAGUGAAACCUACUGAAGAUAAUAUGAAUAUACACAUCCCUGUGUGGGUUAAAUUCCUAGGAGCUGUUUUAAGUCCAUUUAAUCCAUUGGCUGGAUUACGUGCGGCUGGUCCUUGGGGUGAGUAAAUAAAUAAAUUGCGAAGUUGAUGCUAUUCUUUCAACAUAGUGGAUGCCAGCCAGUGUGAGACAAAUCUUUUACAUUGAAUUACAUGUCAGGACCUCCACAGCAGUGGGGGUGAAAGCCUCCCCCCCUAAGUCCUUCCCUUCAGGCAAGUCCCAAGAUCUCAGGAGUAAUUCUCUUCACUGUCUGCCAUAGAGUCUUCACGAUGUUAGUUUAGAGAGUUAGGGAUUGGAUCAACUGUCAAUCCCUGAAUUGUUUUUUUCCUUUUUUCACAUUUCUUGUUUGCUUGAUAUUGAAAUACUAUGGUAAGGAGAAAUUGUGUCUCUGUGAUUCAUGGGAGUUAAAGGUUAAGAGGCUCUCCAGGUAAAGGCCUGACCUGAAAAGUGAGAUCCUCAUUGUCCCAUACUUGAUAGUUGAAGCGGAGAGCAAAAGGUUAUAACUUUAUAUUCUAAAUUAUAUUUUGAUUUAUUACAUAAUAAUGGAAUAUUUGAUAUCACUUUUUCUUGUAAUUUAUAGGUCCUUCUCUAGUGCGACAAUUCAGACCUGAUUUUCAAAGAAAGUUCUCAAGUAUCCUGCCAGAUGAUACCAUAUUUAACUAUAUUUAUCACUGCAAUGCACAAGUACCUAGGUAAGAGAGAGAAUUGGUGAUGAGUAAAAGAUUUCUGUGAUUUCCAACAAAAGGGUUUUUGUUGACAGCCGACUAAUACCCAUUUUAUUUAGGAAUGGAGAGAAGCACUCCAAUAGUUACGUGUCUCCUAGAAGAUAAUAUGCAAUGACCUCAACUAGGCAAUGGGAAAGACACUGAGGAGUUUUAUCAAACAGUUGGUUGUCCCUCAUUCAUUGCUCAGCACCUAAUAAAUGAUUGUUAUUAUCCAAGUGCACAAAGUAGAGUACAAAUAAUGUGCAAAUAGAGUACAAAUAUUCUGCAAUAUUUUACAGUUAUUCUGACAGUUGGUUAUUUUGUACUGUAAAAGACCCUGGUUAACCAGUUGGCUGUGUGCGCUACACUUCUCUAUCUGCUUUGCUUUUUCCACCUUAUGCAAAAUCAGCUGAAAGACUUAGCAGAAAAAAGGCAGUUGGAUAAUAAAUAACUUAUUAGAUGUUUUGGUGUGUAGUAUUGCUGAGUAUUUUUACGAGCUGUGCGAUAUCUUGACAAGCCCAUAGGGUAAGUCAAAAUAUGGCGCAACUCAUUAAAAUACUCAGCGAUGCUUCACACCAAAACAUCUAAUGACAGAGAUAUAUUUAUUCUCUACAGUGGAGAGACAGCUUUCAAGAACAUGACAAUCCCAUAUGGCUGGGCUAAGCAUCCAAUGAUAUAUAGAAUUGGUAAUGUCAACAGAGACAUUCCUAUAACCAUGAUCUAUGGAUCAAGAUCAUGGAUUGAUCACAACACAGGGAAGGAAACCAAAGAAAGAUGA